AUGGCUAUUGUUUCAAGAUUUGUUGACAAAUAUGGUUUUAUACAAGAACGUUUCUUUGAUGUUGUCCAUGUUAAAGAUACAUCGGCAUCGACUUUAAAGAAUGAAAUAUCUGUUGUUCUUUCUCAACACCAUCUUGAUAUUCAAAAUAUUUGUGGACAAGGGUAUAAUGGUGCUAGUAAUAUGCGUGGUGAAUGGAAAGGAUUACAAGCAUUAGUUCUUAAUGAUUGUCCUUGUACAUACUCUGUUCAUUGUUUCGCUCAUCGAUUACAAUUAACAUUAGUUGCUACAUCUAGAAAGGUAGUUUCUAUUCAUGAGUUCUUCUCAAAUUUGAAUUUCACUAUCAAUGUUGUUGGUGCUUCAUGUAAACGUCAUGAUGAAUUACAAGCUGCUCAAACAGCAGAAAUUGCACAUUUGUUAGCUAUUGAUGAACUUGAAACUGGAAAAGGAGCUAACCAAAUUGGCACUUUGAAACAAGCUGGUGAUACUCGUUGGAGUUCUCAUUUUCAAUCUAUUUGUAGCCUAGUAAGGUUGUUUAAUGCUACUUGUUCAGUGCUUGAAAAUAUUAUAAAUGAAGGAUCCACUUACUCUCAACGUGGUGAUGCUAAUGCUGCUUAUCAAAUGACUACUUCAUUUCAAUUUAUAUUCAUUUUACAUUUGAUGAAGGAAAUCAUGGGUAUUACUGAUGGUCUUUGUCAACAUUUGCAACAAAAAUCUCAAGAUAUCUUGACUGCUGUGGAAUUGGUUGCUAAUACAAAAAAACUUAUCCAAAAGUUGAGAGAUGAAGAUUGGGAUAGAUUGCUUGAGAAAGUGGUAUCUUUUUGCAAGAAAUUUGAAAUUGACAUUCCAGAUUUGAGUGCUCGUUAUGUUCAACGUCGAGGUCGUCAUCAACGAGAUCACAUCACAGUGGAGCAUCAUUAUCAUUUUGACAUAUUCAAUGCUACCAUAGACUUUCAAUUGCAAGAGCUCGAUAAUAGGUUUAGUGAAAGAGCAAUGGAACUCUUGACACUUAGUUCAGCUUUGGAUCCAAAUGAUGCCUAUAAGUCCUUUAAUAUUGAUGAUAUAUGUAGGCUUGCAGAGAAGUAUUAUCCUCUUGAUUUUUCAGAGCAGGAGAAAAUUAAUCUGAGAUUUCAGUUGAAACAUUUUCAACUUGAUAUGCUUAAUGAUCCGAAAUUAAAAAAUUUGUCUUCCAUUGCAGAAUUAUGUCGAGGAUUGAUAGAGACAGAAAAAUCAGAGAGAUAUCAUCUUAUUGACAAAUUGAUUCGUCUUGUUUUGACUCUUCCAGUAUCUACAACAACUACCGAACGAGCAUUUUCAGCAAUGAAAGUCAUUAAAACAAGACUUCGUAACAAAAUGGAUGAUGAGUUUCUCGCAAAUAGUUUAGUUGUCUAUAUUGAGAGGGAAAUUUCUAAGAGUUUCAAUUCAGAUUUGAUACUUGAUGAUUUUGUUUCUCUGAAAACGCGGAGGAUGCAAUUUUAG